GCUUUUUUUCCUCUCUCCUUUGCCUUUCCUCAGCAUCCCCCCUCUCAGAGAUGGCGUGUGUCGGUGCUGCUCGGGCUGCCGGGGCCUAACGUGCACACAGAGAGAAGACCCCCCCGCCUCUCCCCUCCCAUCCUCCGAUUUGCUGCAUAUUCCUCGGGUGUCUCUUCUCACUGUGUCCUCCACCACUGCUUCUGCCUCUCAGCUCUCCCCCCACCCCACAUCCCCGUGCGGGUGUCUGGGAGUUGGGCCCUUGGGGGUGGAGGGAAUCAACAUCGUGCUUCGCUGGGGAGCUGUGCAGAAUUAGCUAUGCCCUGCCCAGGAAUCCUAUGACCGGCUGGAUUUCUACAUUUCUGUCCGCGUGCGCGCCGGCGGACAACAUAGGAUGAAAAUCUGCAGUCAUGAUGCAAGGACUGAAAAAACGAACCAGGAAAGCCCUGGGCUUACGAAAGAGAGACAAGGAUACAGAUGCAACGACUUCACCUAACAAAGAAGGAGCUGGAAGCAGAAAGAAAGGAAAUAAAAAGGCCAAUGGAGCCCCAAAUGGUUUCUAUGGGGAGAUUGACUGGGACAGAUAUGCCUCUCCUGACGUGGACGAGGAGGGCUUCAGCCUCCGGCCCGGUGACGAGGGCGAUGCAGCUUCCCAAGCAAAGCAGUUUUUCUCCUCCAGCGACUCCGAGGACGACGAGGACAGCAAGAAGAAGUUCAAAAUUAGGAUCAAGCCGCUGGUGGCGGACAGUGCCAAGUGUGUCCCUCCAUCUAUGGAUGAGCUAAAAGCCUCCGUGGGAGGCCUGGCACUCUCUCCAUCUCUGGUGAACGCUGCUGAUCAGGACUCUUGUUCUGCCACACAGUACUCAAGAAGAACACAUGCUGCAAUUUAUAAUAUGGUCUGUUCUCUCUUCCUUUUUGCUGGUCUCAGAGACGCAGCCCGGGACAGAUAAAAAGGAAUUUGUCCUGUGAAGAGAUUGCCAGACCCAGACGCUCCACCCCCACACCAAGUCCUGCCCCUGAGAUGCCAAG